AUGCGCUUCAAGGACGGAUUUUGGAGGUUGAAGGAGGGCGUCAAGUCGUAUCCUGGUGUUCAGGUCAUCAAUACCUCUGUGAAGGACGACGGGUACGAUCUACAUGUCUCUACGAAGGCUAUCAAGUGGCUUGGAGACACUCUCGGUGGACCCUUCCUUCAGGUGCGCGUAUACUCGCCGAGCGAGGGCAUCAUCGGCGUGCGCAUGCAACACUUCUACGAACCCUCUACAUCCGCCAACAUCGCGCUCUUCCCCGACGCGCACGCACCCCCGAUCCGCGAUGCUCAGCUCGGCACACUAAAAACUUCAGACGAUGCACCAGCCGUCCACACUCUCACCACCGGCGGCUUGACACUCGAAAUCGGCAGCGAGCCCUACUCGUUGACGUUCAAAGACCCCAAGGGUCGCAAGCUCACUGGUGCGGGGAAGAAGUACAAUGGCCUUUUCGAUGUGCCGUACAAGUGGACGCAGAAUACGGCUGCGAACUCGUCUUGCUUGACAGAUCAAUUUGACUCGAACCCGUUGCCUGCGGUGUUGCCGACUACUGUGCGGUAUGCGAGUGCUGAGCUUGACUUGUCUCCGGGAGAGUUGGUGUAUGGGCUGGGAGAGCAGUUUGGCGCGUUUGUGAAGAACGGUCAAUCGGUCAGCGUAUGGAACCGCGAUGGAGGCACAAGCUCCGAUCAAACAUACAAGAGCGUCCCCUUCUACAUCACGAACCGCGGCUACGGCGUAUUCGUCAACCACCCUGGAGAAGUUGAGUUCGAGGUUGGUUCAGGACUGGUCAGCCGUGUUGCGAUGGGCGUGGCUGGCGAGUCGCUCGAGUACUUCUUGAUCUACGGCGAGACGCCGCUUCAGAUUCUCGAGCGGUACACGCGUCUCACCGGACGUCCCGCACUCUUGCCCUCCUGGAGCUUCGGACUUUGGCUCUCAACCUCAUUCCUGACCAACUACGACGAGAAGACCGUAUCUUCCUUCCUGAGCGGCAUGCGCGAACGUCAAUGUGACGUGAGCGUCUUACAUCUCGACUGUCUAUGGAUGAAGAAGCUCGAGUGGUGCUCCUUCACGUUCGAUCCCGAUACCUUCCCCGACCCCGCGAAGUACCUUGCUAGCAUCAAGCAGGAGUACGGCGUCAAAGUCUGCGUCUGGAUCAACCCGUACAUCUCGCAACUUUCGCCUCUGUUCGAGGAGGGCGCCAGAAACGGCUACUACCUCAAGCGGACCGAUGGUCGGCCGUGGCAGUGGGAUCUCUGGCAGCCUGGGAUGGCUAUCGUUGACUUCACCAACCCUGCGGCAGAGAAGUGGUAUGUGGAGAAGCUUGAGCAUUUGAUGGACCUUGGGGUCGAUAGCUUCAAGACCGACUUCGCUGAGCGCAUCCCUCACACCGGCAUCGUAUACCAUGAUGGCUCGGAUCCGUACCGCAUGCACAACCUUUACGCGACGCAGUACAACGAGAUCGUGUUCAACUUGAUCAAGCGCCGGCGCGGUGAAGGCCAAGCCGUUCUCUUCGCGCGUGCUGCUCAUGCAGGCGGCCAGCGCAUGCCCGUUCACUGGGGUGGCGACUGCGAAUCGACCUUCCAAGCCAUGGCAGAGACCCUGCGCGGCGGGCUGAGCUUGACAACAUCCGGCUUCGCGUUCUCGAGUCACGACAUCGGCGGCUUCGAAGGUCACCCGCCAGAGGAAAUCUACCAGCGCUGGGUCGCAUUCGGGCUCUUCAGCUCGCACUCGCGUCUGCAUGGCUCGAUCUCGUACCGUGUCCCGUGGAACUACAGCGAGGCGGCAGCGCAGAACAUGGCGAAGUUCUUGGAUGCGAAGCAUAGGUUGAUGCCAUACCUCUACGACUUGGCGCUCAAGGCCGUUCAUACUGGUGCACCACUGCAGCGCGCGAUGUUCCUUGAGUUCCUCGAGGACAGGACGACACACACUCUCGACAUGCAAUAUAUGCUCGGCCCCUCUCUGCUCGUCGCACCCGUCUUCGUACCGCAAGGCGAAGAAAGUGAGUACUACCUCCCCGCCGGCCGCUGGACGAACUUCUUCGACCGCUCGCGCGUCGUCGAGGGUCCGCGCUGGAUACGCGAGGUUGUUUCACUCGACGACAUCCCUGUGUGGGCCCGCGAAGGCACCGUGCUGCCGCUCGGUCCCGCGGGCAAGCGUCGGCCGGACUACGCGCUUGCGGAGGAGGUCGAACUUGCUGUGUUCGAACUUGCGGAGGGUAAGGAGGCUACUGUUGACCUGCCUACAGGCGCUGGGAAUGAAUACGCUGGGAAGGCGGUUGUGAGGAGGCAAGGUGCUGAGGUGAAGGUGACGAUUGAGGGUGGUGCGACGCUCGCAAGCAUCUCGAACGGUGCUACGGCCAGCACGUCUGUAGAGAAGGGCAAGAAAGAGGUUGUACAUAAGCUCGCAUAG